AUGCCCGCCCUGCCGGAGCAGCCCCAGCUCCAGGCGUCUUCUUCGUCCGCAAAACAGCCCAUCCCGUUGGCCUGCGUCGCCUGCCGGUCCAAGCAUCUGAAGUGCAGUGGCGGCGAGCCGUGCUCCAGAUGCGCCACCGAUGGAAGCGAGUGCAGCUACAUCAAGUCUCGCAGGGGGUACAAAGGCCCGAGGAAGAGGACUGCUGGUGACCAGAUGGGCAGGCCUUCGCCAAGGGAGCCGCGUCCGGAUCAACCGGCAUGUACGGCUGGGCUUGCGGCGACUGCGGGUAUCUCAGCCAGCCCUCCCGAGCAACAGCAUGAGCAAUCGCCGUCCUUCCCAGCCCUAGAGGUGCUCACAGGAAGCGAUCAAUCGCCAUCAUCAGACCAGUUCAACAGUUUCGCAUUUCAAUCUGCCGAUGGGAUGGCUGUCGGUGCGCAGAGCCAGGUCACCAUGGCUCCGAAGCUGGUGGGGCAUCUGCUGGGCGACUGCAGCAGCCUCUCGAACAUGGUGUGCGGCGCUUUCUUCACCUUCUUCGCUCCAGCGCACCCAUUCUUGAUGCCCCGCAGCUAUUUGCUUGACUUUCUGUGCAAUGGCGGCACCAAGCGCCAACCUCAUCUUGAGAUGGCGAUCCAGUUCAUUGGAUCAUGCUACGUGCCCCAGGCGUCACCCCAGCUAUUAGAGGAGGCGCUUCGCCAUACUCUGUUCCAGCAGGGCCUGCCGAGAGACAGCUUCAUGGUUCAGGCGCUACUGCUCUAUGCCAUCGGGCUCAAGGCCAAUGACAGAUCGAUCAUGGCAGACGAGAUGCUGUCGAAGGCCAUCGAAAUCGCGCUCGCCAUCGGCAUGAAUGAUCGCGAUUUUGCAAUCCGCAACGGCUGCGGCAACCGUGUGCUAGAAGAGAGUUGGAGGCGGACGUGGUGGGAGCUGUAUAUCGCUGAUGGCUUUUUUGCUGGUGUCAGCCAGCGCACAAAUUUCCGGCUAAGGGACGUUCAGACUGACGUUCCUCUACCGUGCGAGGAGGAUGAGUACGGUUCAGGGUACAUCCCUCUGUCAAAGACGCUCGAGGAGUACGAUGACUCUGCUUUUGCGGAAGACGAUGUUGAGUACUCGUCAUUUGCCUACCGGAUUGACUCCGUUCGAAAUUUAGGCAGGGUAUUGGCCGUAUCAAGCGAAGAUGUCCUUGAUUUCCGCGCAAUCGAGUGUGCCGACUCACAUCUUGUGAAUUGGUCGUUACACCUUCCAAACAGCAAAAGGGAGCCUAUCUCCCACGACGGCCAGCUCGACCACAUGAUCUUCCAAGCGCACAUGAUAACAGAUGCGAGCACCAUUCUCCUCCACAAACCUCGCUCCACCCUGGACGAGUACCGCUCGGCCGACGAGAUCCGCACGUGCGUCAAACAAUGCGCGCCGCUGGUGUCGACGCAGUCGCGCGAGACGCACACGGCCAAGUGCACCGAGGCGGCGCGACGGCUGUCGCAGCUGGUGCGCGUGAUGCACCCGAUCCUGCCGCUCACCAAGCUGACGCCCUUCUUCACCUGCGCCAUCGUCAUGGCUUCGGUCGUGCACCUCUCCGCCUGGUCGCUCGUCCCGCCCAACGGCGGCAGCAGCGGCACCGCCGGUGGCAUCUGCGGCAGUGGCAGCGGCAGCAAUAGCAACAACAAUAACAACGGUGGCGCCGCCCUCUUGCAGGACUGCUCGUCGUUUUCGUCGUCGGCGGACGCGGUGGCGGCGGGGGUCGUGAGCGGGCCGGAUGCCGACGCGGUGUUGAAGGAGCUGAUCAGGCUGAGCAUGGGCGCUUUGAAGCAGCUGGCGGCGCAGUGGCCGUUGGCGAAGACGGCGGCGGGGCAGGUCAGGGGCGUGGCGGGAGAGCUUUUCAGGGCGAAGAGGGAGGUGAGGAGGCUGUGGAACGAGGUCGCGGCCGAGGAUAUCUUGAGGAUGAUCGAGGACGCGGCGAGCGAGAGUGGUGGUAGUGGGAGCGGGGCGAGUGGUGGGGCGUUUGCGGAGGUGGGUGGGUGCGGGGCUGCGUAG